AUGCAUCUCCCUGGGCUCCAACGGACAGAGGCAGCCUUCCUUCUGGCGCUGCUGAUGUCUCCGCUGCCAGCGGUCUCGAUGUUGGACUGCAAGCACAUCUUGGUGGACGGUGUCUCCUUCAACCUCGGUGAACUAGGAGGGCCGCACAGCGUUGUGACCAGCAGAUGGCAUCCUCCCACUUUCACGAACACGUCCUACACUGUCGAUAUCUGCGCUCCUCUCAAGCGAAAGGGAGAUGUCAAGAAAGACGAGCAAUGUCCUAGCUUCACGAGAGUGUGUGCCAUCGAGCGUACUAUCCACCCGGGCCAGGACGAUAAAGGCGAGGUCGAAAAGGUGAUACCUAUUGCUGGCGAGCUAGGCGACCAUGGCGGAAGGGCCUUGGACGCCAAGCCCGAGCGGCUCAAGUCGAGCGACUCGAACUCUGAUGCGAAGAAGGAAGGCGUCCGAAUCAUCCUCAACGGUGGCUCUUAUCCACUGGGCAGAAGCGGGAGAAACCAGAAGGCCAUCAUCGAAUUCAUCUGCGACCGCGAGAAGUCGGGCCUUGAAGGCGAGGUUAGACCCGAAGACCAAUACGACGGCAACCAAUUCCGAGCACGCGAGGAGGACAAGGAUGGCAAGGAUGGCAAGGAUGGCGAAGAGGAUGGGCGCUCGCCAGAUGAGACGCAGAUUAUGGGGAACAACACCGCCCUGAUUUGGAAUAGCUACGGCCCGAACGAGAAGAACGAUAUGGACGUCCUGAGGUUAACCUGGCACACCAAGUUUGCCUGCGAGGAUGCUUUCGACAAGCCGCCCAGCGAAGGUGGCAGUGGUGACACGAGCAGCCACUGGGGCUUUUUCACCUGGUUCAUUGUUCUGGCUUUCCUCGGCAUUGCGGCGUACCUCAUAUUCGGCUCCUGGCUGAACUACAACAGAUACGGUGCCAGGGGCUGGGAUCUUCUGCCGCACGGAGACACGAUCCGCGAUAUUCCCUACUUGGUCAAGGACUGGACCCGCAGCGUGCUCAGCACUGUCAACGGCAGCGGCAGCCGGGGCGGUUACAGCGCCGUCUAG